CGUACAGUACCGUGUCGUACAAGUGACAUUCGACCAUCACAACCCUUACAAGAUGACGAAAUUCUGUGCUUUAUAAGUACUCUAUAUGUAUAUGGUCUCCGCUGGAAUGACAAUAUGGCUGUCAUAAUGAUUACCUUGGUAUCCUAUGACUACAUGCUUCAGUUCGAGAACGAGGUCAAGUAUGUUUGGGAACGGCCCGAACGACGGAGGUCACUGAUGUCAUGUCUUUAUCUCGCUGUUCGAUAUUUCGGUCUUUUCCUUGCGAUGGUUUGCGCCUGCUGGGGAGGUCUGUUGUAUUUACCAGAAUCAGUGAGCCACGGCUUGAUUCUUUUAAUACAAUGGGGUCAUUCUACAUAUUUUUGCUUGGCGGAAGUGGUUCUCAUCUGGCGUCUCUACGCACUAUAUAACCAAUCCAAACUCCUACUUUGCAUUCUACUGGGAUUGUUCCUACCUGUCGUCACGCUCUAUAUAGCGGUGGAUGUAUACUUAUACAGUCGACCCUCAGCGUUCUCGGUGGAAGAAAUAAUCACUCCCAACGCCAAAUACUGCGUGACUUCCUUCCACAUGGGGCCUAUGCCUGCGAUAUAUGCUUCCAUCCCCGUCAUAUGCUUUGAUAUUUUCCUAGUGGUUCUCGCAGUGGUCGUUCUCAUGAGACACUUGAAAGAAAGCAGGGAACUGAAAAUAAAGCCUAACACCUACGUGUUAAUGAUUGUGCGAUAUCAUAUCAUAUACUUUGUCCUGAAUUUGGCAAGUCAAAUAUUCUCGGCGAUAUUAUGGGCCAACCUUCCGAUGGCGGUGUUUAAUCUGGUAUUGCUCUUCAAUGAUACCGCGCCAUUUAUUAUCGCACCCCGUCUGAUCAUCAGCAUUUGGGAUACGCAUGCCAACGACAGCUGUGUACAUGUCAGUACGACAUUCGCAGAUUGUGCAUGUUUGACCUUGCCGCCGAUGUUUGACGAGCAAGAGAUGGACUGGGGUGCAUGAUGGCUCCUUAAAUUUAGUUGGGUUGAUUGGUUUCAGUUGUCGACAUUGCCCUGAUAUAAAAUGCUACAAGUACUGUCAGUAACGCUCGUUGAUUGUGUAUUCUCACUGGGUAUAAGAUCACCUAGUGUUUCUGUUUCGAGAAAGUUGUACUACGGCUCAGACCUGUAACUAAACUACGAGACACGAAAGCAUAUGACCAAGAGCGUAGCGAAAACCUAGUAGAGCAUGAGCCGUAUUUUAUUUACAGCUCUUUGCAUAAAGGAUGGCACCUUAUAUUAUCAUC